AUGGAUGCCGGUCUGAAAUCCCAAGUCCUCGUCACGGACACCGAGAAGUCGCCAGAACCGCCAAUUUCAGAGACCAACGCACCCCGAGACAAUGACGACGAAACACUGCAGAGGAUUCCCUGGUCUUACAAAUGGAUCGCUCUUGUUUGUGUUGUUUCCCUACCCAUCGGGCAUACCUGGACCGGCUCGGCUCUCGGCCCGCUGAAGAACACCCUCCGGAACGAGCUCGACAUCAACAAUGCGCAAUUUGGCGUGAUUAGCAGCGCAGAUGCAUUCGUCAAUACAGUGUUUCCCAUCAUAGGAGGCAUGAUCCUGGAUUGGUGGGGCCCGAAUGUGGUGACCAUGUGCUGCACGGCAGUCAUCCUCGUCGGCUCCGUGGUUGCGGCUGCCGGCGUGCAAGUGGGGUUGUGGAGGGUCCUCGUCUCCGGACAUGUGCUGAUGGGAUUCGGGAUUGCGGUGCUUGACUCGGCGACGCAGAAGUUCUUUUACCACUGGUUCGGUGCCUCCGGUCUAGCCUUCGCCUUCGGCCUCGAAAGCGCCAUUGCCAACACCGUCAGUCUCGUGUCCGGCAUGGUGGCUAUCCCCAUUCGCGACGGGACGGGCUGGUACGGCUGGACCUUCUGGAUUCCCGUCUUCUUCUGCGGCUUCUCGCUUGCCGUCAACAUCGCAUACGUCUGCUUCGAGCGCCUCGCAGUCCCGGCACAUUUCCGCCUCACUUCCGGCCGAGCUAAAGCUAUUACGGAGAAGCAGAACUUGUCGGAUCGCAAGAGAUUCUCGUGGAACGUGUUGUUCACCCUGCCCUGGGCGUAUCUUAUGCUGCCUGCAACACAACUUCUACAGAGUGGUGCUGCAGGUGGAUUCAGCACCAGCUCUGCGGACAUCAUCUUCAUGAAAGGGUACACUGAAGAGGUUGCUGGGUAUUUGUCGACUGCGCAGAAAAUUCUGCCAAUUGUGCUGAGCCCUGUUGUUGGACUUGCCAUUGACAAAUAUUGA